UCAGAAUUCCUCUUUGCUUGCUGUUUAUUCUAUAAAGAUUUUAUCUCCAGCAUGUUCUGCACAGUUUAUUACUCUUAAUGAACCAUAUUCAUGCUCUCUGAGGAUCCAGAUCUAAUGUUUUUGAUGUAAAUAUAAAUGUAUUCACUCUUUAUAAAUCAUUAAUAAACUGCAGAUCGAUCAGCAGGACCACUGCAAGGAUUACAUCUAUUCCUCACGGUCGGUAUUGAUUAUUAGUUCUGAUUAUUGAUUGUGAUAUUGUGUUUGGAACAUAAACAGAAGUUAUUCAGUGUGUGGUUGAUUGUACGCUGACUCUACCUGAUCUCAGGUGUUUACAGUCUGGUUGGAGAAGCAGGUCUGUGUGGAGGCUGAGGUGACUCUGCACUCAAGCUCCUCCCACUUUCAGAUUCACCCCUGUAGACCUGUUACCUCCUCCUCCUGCUCCUGCUGCUCCUCUUCCUCCUCAUCCUCCUGCUCCUCCCCCUGUGUGAGGUUGCGUAUAUAUUAGACCCCUGUAGACGGGUGUUGAGCUGGAGAUCUGCUGAAGGUCAGGAUGAAGCUCUUCGCUGUGCUGCUGCUGCUGGGGAUGUUCUCUCUCUCCGUGGCCGAGGUCGUGGACUCCUUCAAAGACACCUGUCCUCAGUUCUUCAUCAGAGACAAAAAAAACCGAGCCGUCCCUCCGACUGUUACGAGUAGACCUAAGUAUAGGCAGAUCUGUCAGUUCUAUAAAGGAGAUUACAGGUUCGCCACUCUGUAUGACACCAAGUUCAAGAUCCCCGUCUACUCCGCCUACACCUACUCUUUUACUGAGAGUGGGGACAUAAAGGGUCCCUGGGACUGGAAGAUUGAGCCUCAGCUCGACGACCCCAACAAGGGAGAAGACAUGAAAACAGAGGAGGAGGAGAAAGAACUUGGUUAUCGGUUUCAGGCUCAGAAAAAAGACUACGAGAACACCAGCUACACCAUGGGUCACGUGUUUCCAAGAAGCUACGCACGGAGUGAUCCACACAAAGAGUCCACCUUCACACUCACCAACGCAGCUCCUCAGACAGAGGACAGUAAUAAACAAUGGGUGGAAAAGGUGGAGGAGGAGAUGCUUAAAAAGAUUAAAGGAAACUGUGACAGAAAUUCUUUUGUGUACAUUGUGAGUGGAGUGGUUCCAGGAGAUAAGAAGUGGCUGCCAAUAACACGGGAGGUGGGGGGGGAAACAAUUGAUCAUGGAGUUAAUAUUCCUAGUCACUUCUGGACCGCGUAUUCCUGCAAAAGCAAGAAAAAACGCAGCGAAAACGUAUCUAACGCCUACAUCGCUGAGCAGAUCACCCCCCUAUUUCCUGAGAAUCUGACCGUUGAUAAGCUAAAUAAAUGCCUCAGAAGUCUCUACGAAGACGAUCAGUUCAGUGUGUUUGGCAAAAUCAAGCAGAAACAAGACAAGGGGAAGUUCAAUGACGAACUUUAAGUUGGCUUGGAAUAGUGCGCUAAUAACGUUUAAAAAAGUUAAAAUGGUUGCUAAGCUGUUUCUAUCUGGAGCGUGUUAAGAGUGGUUGCUAUGCUGUUAACUUUUGACUAAAAGUACAAAAUCUUUAAACUAAAAGCUAAACUUCAAAAACUUUUGGCUAAAAGCGAAAGUCUAAAUUAUAUCUGUGAUGGUUGCUAAGGUGUUGCUAGGCAGUUGCUAAGUAUACCAAGUGAUUUGAUAAGGUGUUGAUAAUUGGUAGCUAGGCAGUUCAUAUCAUAUAUAAAGUGGUUGCUAAGGUGCUGAUAGACAGUUGCUAAUGUGUUAUUAAGUGGUUGCUAUCACAUAUGCGGUGGUUGCUAAUGUGUUGCUAGGCAGUUGCUAACAUAUUCCAGGUGGCUGCUUAUUGGUUGCUAAACAGUUGGUAUAAUUUCUGAAGUUACUAAGGUGUUGCAGGUAGUUGCUAAGGUGGUUGCUAUCAUAAAAGUGGUGGUUGCUAAGGUUUUGCUAGGUGGUUGUUAAGGUGUUGUUGAUUGGUUGUUAGGUGGUAGGAUUUGCCCAAUAGCUGUUUAAUGCAGCAGCUCCUCCAUACAGAGAUACAGAUAUAUGGGGAAAAUUCGUACGAUAAUUUUACAAAAACCCUAGAUCGGAUCGGUUUACCUAGCAUAUCAUUUGAAACUUCGUUUGAAAAUGUUGCCAAAAGUUUGUGGACACUUUUGAAUGGAUCCCUAUGGGGAAAUGUCCGGGCCUGAAAACGUCGGCUGUAUGAAAAAAAGCACAAGUAACCUAAUCCGGUAUAGGUCCUACGAUACUGCAAAAUUCCGUGAUUCUACGUAAAAGCUGUAGGAGGAGUUUAUUUAUAAAAGUUUAUUUAUGCGUUAGUACUUUGCUUCACGCCUGAUCUAAGAUUUUUAUGCUAAUUAAUGAAUCAGAU